GCACAAACGGGCUGGCGUUGGUCACUUGAGUCCUGCCCUCCCCGGUCUCGCGUGGUUGACUAUUGAGGCGUCGUUUGCCGUCGCUGUCCAGGUUUCCAUAGACUGCUACUUAUGGACUCCCAAAAGCCUCCAAAGGAAAGUGUCCUCAUUACAGGAGGAGGUGGCUAUUUUGGUUUCCGCCUAGGCUGUGCUCUGAACCGGAAGGGAGUCCAUGUGAUUCUGUUUGACAUCAGCAGCCCUGCUCAAACCAUUCCAGAAGGAAUCAAGUUUAUACGUGGAGACAUUCGCCACCUUUCUGAUGUAGAGAGAGCCUUCCAGGAUGUGGAUGUCACCUGUGUGUUCCACAUUGCCUCUUAUGGGAUGUCAGGGCGUGAGCAACUGAAUCGAAACCUGAUUGAAGAAGUCAAUGUGGGGGGCACAGACAAUAUCCUCCAGGCUUGCAGGAAGAGAGGGGUGCCAAGAUUAGUUUACACUAGCACUUUCAAUGUCGUCUUUGGAGGUCAAGUUAUCAGAAAUGGAGAUGAAUCUCUGCCUUACCUACCUCUUCACCUCCAUCCUGAUCACUACUCUCGGACCAAAUCUAUUGCCGAGAAGAAGGUGCUGGAAGCCAAUGGAACAUCCCUGGAAAGCAAUGGUAUAUUAAGAACUUGUGCUCUGAGGCCAGCUGGCAUCUAUGGCCCUGGAGAACAAAGGCACCUUCCCAGAAUAGUGAGCUACAUUGAGAGGGGCCUGUUCAAGUUUGUGUAUGGGGAUCCCCAGAGCCUGGUUGAAUUUGUCCAUGUGGAUAACUUGGUGCAAGCUCACAUUCUCGCCUCAGAGGCCCUGAAGGCUGACAAGGGCUACGUUGCCUCUGGGCAGCCCUACUUCAUCUCAGAUGGCAGACCUGUGAACAACUUUGAGUUCUUCCGGCCUUUGGUUGAGGGCCUAGGGUACCCAUUCCCAUCCAUUCGCCUGCCCUUGACCCUUAUCUACUGUUUUGCUUUCCUAACAGAGAUGGCCCAUUUUGUUUUGGGUCAACUCUACAACUUCCAACCCUUUCUUACCCGCACAGAAGUUUAUAAAACUGGUGUCACACAUUACUUUAGUCUAGAGAAGGCCAAGAAGGAGCUAGGUUAUGAGGCUCAGCCAUUUGACCUCCAGGAGAUAAUAAAAUGGUUUCGAGCCCGUGGUCAUGGCAGAAGGCCUGGGAGUCGUGACACUGAGUGUCUUACUUUGGGUGGGCUCUUGGUCUUACCCUUGAUUAUAGCAAUUGUCACAUGGCUGUCUUCUGUGAUUUUGUCACUAUGAAGAGAUAAAAAUAAGGUGCUGAUCACACUUGCUGAGAUGGUUCUUAAGGAAGACAAGUUUUAAAAUAUAGAUGGAUAGAUACAGAUAUCUGGUGCCAAAGUGUGACUCUUUAAAUUGCUACUUAAGAAUAGAUUCUUGUAUUAAGUCUUCAUUUCUUACCCUCUAUACUAAUCCUAAUGGGAGAAAAAAAGAAGCAGAUAAAUUUGAAAAUUGAUUUUCUUCGUGUCCUCCAUCUUUAGAUGGGUACAGUAGAAGUCACUUUGGAGCCACAGAGCUAAACUUAGUUAGAUUGGAAAUGUCUUACCUGAAUUUUUCAGAAGCCAAAACUGUACUUAUUUCAGUUCCAUACACUUUGUAUCUACUUAAAAGAGACUAAAAUGCAUAUUGAUGUGGGAAUGGCAAACUACUGCCAGGCUUGGAAAUGUGUGAAAAACACCACAUUGGGCCAGAUCCCUACAGACCAGCCUUUUGGAGAGAUGGCGACUAUUGUAGGGGAGACAUCAGCUAUUCACAGUGUAAAUUUUGGGAAUUAGUUUUUGUCCUUUGUGAUACAAGCACAUUACAAUGGUGUUACCACAUGCGUAUGUGUGAUGUUUAAACAAAUAGACCUUUAUCUGACCUCAUAAAAUUCUUUGGAGGAUUAAAUUAGACACAAUGUAUAAAAUGCCAUUAAACAUACUUAAGCCAUUAUUUUUAUUAAUAUUUUUAUUGUACAUUCCUUGUGAGGGUUUUCUUCCUCCCAGUAUGCUGUUUAAAAGAUACUAUUGCUGCUAACCUUUCUGAAAUGCCUUUGUGGUAUGCCCUUAGAGUCUGUAACAAAUAUACUCAAUGUUUGUAAGCUUUUGACCUUUUGAGGGUAGAUUGAAAUUUAGGAAACAGUUAAAAAUCUGAUAUUUAAGGCAGAUGAUCAAGCUGAUGAUGCUGCUGCUUGUAAUUUACAAAAAAACAAAGCAUAAUUGUAAACUAAUAGACUGGUUUUCUUACUGGGAAGAAUUUUGGUCCUCUGAAGGCAGUUUCCAAUAAGGAAUGUUUUGAACAAUGGCAGCAUUGUCUAGCCACCCAUGGGGACUGCCUUGGAACACUUUCAGGUUAUACCACUACACAGGAGCCAAAGUGGAAAGAAGACAGAGAAUCAUUACCCGUUCCAUGAUUCCAGCUACGGAAAGGACUGUGAAAACAUUAUAAAACUUUCUAGGUUGCUGCAGAAAGUCAUGUUAGAGUUGUCCUGAGAGAAUUUGUGGAAGGAGGAUUCUAGAUGAAUAGUCCCUGGUAAAUGCUGCCUGGAAAAAGUGCUCAACCUCAUACCAGAGGACCUGCAACCAUGAAAAUUUUGAGAGGCUUUAACCAAGUAACUGAAGCCUCUUAUGCCUCCAUUCCCUCAUUUGGGAAAUGGGAGUGACUGUAUUUGCCUUUCUAUAAACCCACCUACCCACCUCACAGGGUUUGUUGUGAGCAUAAAAUAAGAUGUGAAAAAAAUUUUAAUACAUAAAUUGCAACAUAAAUGUGGUAGUGAUGGUUUUUGAGGACUUUAGGAGUCUUAUAAGAUGCUCUUGCUUUUUAGUCGGGGGGUAACUUGUAUGAGCACCUACAGUGUAUCUAACAUUCCAGGUGCAAUGGGACAGGUUUCUCUGCCCUUCACAGUCU